AUGUAUUAAGAUAAUUAAGAUGAAGAUGAUAAAUUAAAAAAUGAUAUUGAAAAAUUUCGAAAUAUCCUAGAUGAAGAAGUAGAAGGAAAUCAUCGAUCUGAAUAUUUAAUUAAAUGCAAAUAGAUGUCAGAAAAUAUUAAAAAAGAAAUAUAAAAACGCAUAAAAAAAGGUGAUGAGAAUUAGAUUAUGAAAUUAAUGAAAUAUUAUUCACAAUAAAAUAAGAGAUUACAAGAAAUGGAAUAUAAUAAUGUAGAUGAAGAUACUAGUUUAUUGCAUGAUAAUCAUUAAGUUGAAGUAUAAUUAUUUGAAGAUAAUGUAACAUAAAGAAAACAGAGAUUAUAAAAUGUACAUAAGAGUAUGGAAACAGUCAAAAGCAUCUAUGAAAAAAUACAUGAGGUAGCUACCUAAUAAGUUGAUCAAAUGUUCACAAUUGAAGACAAUUAUACUUAUGCAGAAAACAAAACUUAAAAAGCAUCAUAAGAAUUAGUUAAAGCUUAAUAAUCCUUAAAGACUAAAAUAGGUUAUAGGAUUGUAAUAAUAUGUAUUUUAAUUUUAAUUGUUGGAUUAAUGUUUGUUAAAUGA